AUGUAGAACAAAGCUCUUGUUUUGAAAUAAAGACCUGAUGAAACAUUCCCUCAAAAUAUGGACUUUUUUGAAGUUAGAGAGGUCCCUAUACCUGAACUUAACGAUGGGGAAAUCUUGAUUAGAGUACUCUUAUAAUUCAAAAACAGGUUUUGUACAUUGGAGUUGAUCCAGUCAUGCGAGUUUGGCUUUCUGGAGCCAAAACCUACAUCGACGCUGUCUAAAUAGGACAAGUCAUGCCUGCUUUUGGAGUGGGAAUUGUGGUUGAAACCAAAUAGCCAAAAUGGGAUAUAGGUAAAAGAGAAUUCCUAAUUUUUAGGACAAAUCGUAUUUGGGGUUUUGGAAUGUGCCAAUCUCUGUAAAAGACCAACCAAGCCUUUAUUCAAAGUUCCUCUCUUUGAGUUAGGCGAUCCCAAUAUACCUCUCUUGCUUUCUAUUUAUGGAGUCACAGGACUGACAGCUCUAAAUGGAAUGAAACUCAUUCCACAAGAUCACAUACCUACUUAAGAGAGAUAGAGAACAUUUUGUGUCUCAAGUGCAGCAGGGUCAACAGGAUCCAUAGCUCUUUAGAUCGCAAAACAUAUGGGGUUCAAGACAAUCGGAAUUGUGAGCGGAAGAGAGAAGAGAGAGUUUGUUUUGGGCUUGGGAGCAGACGAAUGCAUCACAUAUAAUGAUUGCAAAGAAAAUGAUGAAAUAAUUGUUGAGUAUGGAAUAUUAUUAAAUUAAGCAAAUUAACAUAAGAAAUAAGAAGAGUGGCUCCAAAUGGCAUAGAUGUAUACUUUGACAANGCUGAAGAGAGGAAGGAAUUAUAAGUGUAACCUCCAAAACGAUUGGCGAGUCAUCAUGGCAGAUAAAAGAAUGAGUUACCUCCCAUUUUGGCUCAUCCCAAUAUAUCGCCACCUCCCUCCUUCCAGCAAUCUCUCAAAACACAAACUAAACAAAAAACCUUGGGAAAAUUGUCUUUCGGACGAAUCUCUAAUAAUCUUGAUCACGAUCUCAUGCAAGUCAUUUAAUCAGAUCUUCAAAAGCAAUUCACUAAUAAUCUUCAAAAAGACUAUCCAAUCGCUAAGAUGCUCUAAAAAUAUGUAUUUAUGAUUGUGUAUGUAAUUCAAGCAAAACUUAAAAAGGUCUAAGUUGAUCUCUCUUAGUCAGGCCAUCAAGGAUUUUAAGAGGUCUGCGCAGUCGGAGGAUAAGUCAAAUACUUUUGAAUUAUUCAAAUUGAAGGAGAAGGAAUUAAAUUAAUUAAUAUCUGGGCAUAAUAAUUAUGAAAUUUAUUAAACUAUUGAUGAUAUAAUAUGA